UUUGCCUCCUAAUUGACCCAAAUAAAGGCUCGUUCACUGAAUGACUGGGGGGGUUUGGGGGGGCACACACACACACGCGCGCCUGCAGCAGUAGCUGAGGUGAGGCGAGAGGCGAUUCCGUCCCAAAUGGUACCCUAUUCCUUUUAUAGUGCUUACCUUUGACCAGGGUCUGUAGGGCUAGGGUCAAAAGUAGUGCACUGUGUAAGGGAUAGAGUGCCAUUUGCGACGGAAACCUCUCUCUGCUCUCCUGGAGUCAUCCCAUUUGAUAUUGUGGCUUGUCCAAUCAGCGUAUACCCUCCGCUCGUCAACCGUUUGUCUUGACUCGCUUCCCCGCUGUAGGCUACAACCUCUCCGGUCUCUGCCCGGUGCUGUGCUGGCGCCACGGAGCUCCAGGGCCGCCCUGGUAACGAUUUCCACGUUUCGGUGAUGAGGAUUUAUCAUUUCUAAACAGGGGAGAAUGGAGAAACCCGGUUGAGAUGGUGCUUUAAAGAUCCGACCGGGACACACAUCAACAACAACGAAAAUAACAGUUUUGUUGUGCGGAGUAACAGAACACACGUGCUCGUCGUCAACUGUAUUGAAGGUUUGGACGGACGCAGGAGGACCCGUCGUAAUUGUUUUGUUUGAGUGGCCAGGGAUUUGCAUUUGUUUUUCAUUUAAAAACAUCAUGCACGACAAGGCGACAGACACUCAGGCUUCGACACCGUCAAAAGUCUCCUCGUUUUACAUCGAAAACCUACUCGGCUCGAGGAAGAAUGGAGAGUCAACGUAUUUCAACGGACAGGUCAACAACAACAACAGCCAGUAUAGUAGCAGGACCGCGGAGGAGAGUAUGGAGCGGAAUGAGCGGGUCUACUCUAGCCGAGUCUUAGCGGGACACCCCAGCCAAGUGGCCGGUCAAGUGGCAGCCUGCUCCGGCCACGGCGCCGAGGGUUCCCCCCGGAGACACUCGCAGUUAGAACAGAACAGAGAAGCCGCAGCCGUUAACGUAGAACCACUCAGUCUCAAAAGGUCCAACAAUCCCAAAGAGGACAGUAGAUGCUCAGAGGACCGUUGUUGCUCCCACUCAGCCAGCGACCGAGACUCCGUCUCUUCCGACGUGUCAGAAGAACCCACUGAAGGCAGCGACAAAACGGGACGGAAAACGGCAGACAGCAGCCUGACCGAGGACAACGACGAGACGCAGAACGCCUUUGACGAUCAGUCGGACCCGGAAGCCACUCUGGACCCGAGCUCUAUCCGGAAGAAGAAAACUAGAACCGUUUUCAGUCGGAGUCAGGUGUUUCAGUUGGAGUCGACGUUCGAUAUGAAACGGUACCUGAGCAGUUCUGAACGGGCAGGUAUCGCGACCUCUCUCCAGCUAACGGAAACGCAGGUGAAAAUCUGGUUCCAGAAUCGACGGAACAAAUGGAAGAGACAGAUGGCCGCGGAUCAAGAGACCGUAAACGUUUCCCACUCGUCCCAACGGAUAGUCCGAGUUCCGAUUCUAUAUCACGAAAGCUCCACGCCCUCGACGUUGGGUUUCAACGUCAACGUGUCCCAGGUCUCCCCUCCUUUGAUGAGUUUCUCGAACCCUGUGAACUAUCCCUUCUCCUCGUUUGCGCACUCCAUGCGUUUACUACGCUCGCAAAUGACCGGGUUGGUGUAAAGACCGUUACCGAGUUUUCACUACUUUUUUGUUCAGGUCAUGUCAUUAAUUUAUUCAAUUAUUGAAGAUAGCGAAUCGUGCAAUAACAAUAACUGCGGAAAACUAUACAAGUAAAACAGUUUGAAGAUAUGGCCUUUAGACUUACAAUUGAUCGCGGUGUUUUUUUUAAAUGUUGUAAUUGUACUACUUUACAUAUUUACUUUUAUUAUAUUAUCGCCACACCAGAUCAUGAUAGUGUUUGUGCCGGUCCACAUUGCUCUGUUUUUUUAAUACACGUCUAUUUGUGCAAAGAUUUUUAUAUUCAAAGACCGUUUCUAACGUCACUUUUUUCCCCUCCACAAUAUAGCUCUAAAUAAACGAAUCACAAGAUAUGAGUGA